UUUCAAUCGUCUGAUCUUCAUCAAUGACAGUGAUCUCAACAAUGUUUGAUAGCAGCAAGCCAGUUUUAUCUGCAGUGGCCUCAAUUGCGCUAAUGCGAACUGUCACGAAUGAACUCAUUCCUCGUGAAGUCCUAAACUUUGUUCAAUCGGGACUUCACCAUGUUUUUCGCCAAUUCAACGCACAAUUCACCAUAGUCAUUGAAGAAUUUCAAGGGAUGACAAGAAACCAAGUUUUUGAGGCAGCAGAAGCCUAUCUAGGAACUAAAGCAACUGUCUCAGCAGAAAGAGUUAAAGCAACCAAAUCUAUGGAACAUAAAAAGCUCUCAUUCAAUCUAGAUAGAGAUGAAGAAGUGAGUGAUGUUUUUGAAGGUGUUAGUGUAAAGUGGAAACUAAUAUGCAUACAAGUCGACUCAUCAAGAGUUCGACAUUUUGAUAGGGGCUCCUCGCCUGUGUCAGAAAUAAGAUCAUAUGAGCUAACUUUUCACAAGAAACACAAAAACAAGAUCAUUGAUUCAUAUUUGCCUUAUGUGAUGGAGAUAGCUAAACAAAUUAAACAAGGAAUUGUGACACUUAAGAUUCACUCAAAUGAAUAUAAUCGUUGGUGUCAUGAUCCUAUUAAGUUCAACCAUCCAAUGAGUUUCACCACUCUUGCAAUUGAUGAAGAGCUUCAAAGGGAAAUUAAGAAUGAUUUGGACAAAUUUGUGAGGGCUAAAGAAUUUUAUAGAAGAACAGGGAAAGCUUGGAAACGCGGUUACUUGUUGUAUGGCCCUCCUGGUACUGGAAAGUCUAGCUUGAUUGCAGCCAUGGCUAACUAUCUCAACUAUGAUAUCUAUGACUUGGAUCUCACUAAUGUAGGGGAUAAUAAGAGCUUGAAGCAACUUAUUCUCAGCAUGUCCAACCGUUCUAUACUUGUGAUAGAGGAUAUUGAUUGCUCCGUAAAAUUGCAAAACCGAGAAGAAGAUGAAGAAGUUGUUCAUAAUGGCCACAAUAAUGUAAUGACACUUUCAGGACUAUUGAAUGCAGUAGAUGGUCUUUGGUCAUGCUGUGGAGAAGAACACAUAAUUGUUUUCACAACAAAUCACAAAGACAGACUUGAUCCUGCUCUGCUAAGGCCUGGUAGAAUGGACAAGCAAAUUCACUUGUCAUAUUGCAACUUUUCUGCUUUUAAGCAAUUGGUUGUUAACUACCUUUGUAUUACUGAACAUGAACUCUUUGAAAAGAUUGAAGUUCUUUUAGGAGAAGUUCAAGUUACUCCAGCUGAAAUUGCAGAAGUGUUAACAAAGGAUGUUGAUGCUACAGAAUGCUUACAAGACCUUAUCAAAUUCCUCCAAGCCAAGAAAAUGGUCCAGGAAGAGAGUAAGAGAGAAGAAAAUAGCAAAGAAGAACAAGAUCUAGGUAUAUAAAAUAUAGGUCUAUCU